GGACACAAAAUCAGUGAGCUUCAUCUGUCCGCCCCGCUCCGUCCAGGUUGCACCUCUGUCUCCUGCCUCUGUCUCCGUGAGAUCUCAUCAACAAGAUGCCUGAGCAUGUGCAAGAGAGGAAGCCAAAGAUCUCAGCUUCAAGAAAGUUGAUGCUGAAGAGUCUGAUGGUGGCAAAAGCCAAGGAGGAACUGGAGCAAGAGAUCCUGGUCAAAGAGGACGAGAAGAACAAGUACCUGUCGGAGAGAGCUCCUCCUCUGAACACUGGAGGCCUCAGCCUUGCACAGCUGCAGGAUCUCUGCAGAGAACUCCACGCCAAGAUCGACGUGGUAGAUGAGGAGCGAUACGACAUUGAAGCCAAAGUGAUGCUGAACACACGAGAGAUUAAGGACCUGAGCAUCAAGGUGUUGGACCUGAGGGGGAAGUUUAAGCGGCCCAACCUGCGCCGGGUCAGAGUGUCUGCUGACGCCAUCCUUCGCUCGCUGCUGGGCUCCAAACACAAAGUGUCCAUGGACCUGCGGGCCAAUCUCAAGUCGGUCAAGAAAGAGGACACCGAGAAGAAGCGGCCGGUCGAGGACAGCGACUGGAGGAAGAACGUGGAGGCCAUGUCAGGGAUGGAGGGCAGGAAGAAGAUGUUCGACGCUGCUAAAGGUCCUGCUCAGUGAGGACGGAGGAGACGCUGGUGUUCUGUGUCCAACAUCUCUCCUGUUUUUUCUACAGUUUUUGGCAGCUUCUGUGUUUUUUUGUUUCCUGUUGAAAUCCUUUGAGUAACACUUAUCUUUAACCUCCCGUUAUGGUUUCCACUCUUCUGCUUCCUGUUGUGUGAUCAAGUGGUACAAAUGUUAUUGAAAAGGCAAAUAUCACAUUUUCUGGGUAAAUUUAUCUUCAUAUUCAACUUUUCUGUUUGGAAAUAAGCCUUAAAGAUGUAGUGUGGAUUUGGUAUAGCUGUCACAAAGGUUGAAUAACAUGAAAUUAAGACAAUUAAAAGAUACAACAGCAUUUACUCGGUUUGGUUUUUCUGCAC